AAUGGGCACUGCCCAUCCUGGAGGGGGAGGCAGGGUAGGGUGGUGGCAGGAAGGUGGUGAGGAAGGGAAGCUGAGGGAUCUCCCACAGGAGGGGAUCAUAGCAGCUAGGGACACCUGCCAGGCUGGAGGUGUGGGCUGCCUAGCGGAAGCAGUGGUCACUGAUGUUCAAUUCAGCAGGAGCCCUUGGUUGGUAGAGCCCACCACAGCAUCCCCUACAUCCCACCAUGUUUCUCUUCUCCCAUAAGACCAAGACGCCCAUCAGCACCUACAGUGACUCCUACAGGGCUCCUACCUCUAUUAAGGAGGUCUAUAAGGACCCACCUCUGUGGGCCUGGGAGGCCAACAAGUUUGUGACCCCGGGCCUGACUCAGACCAUGGAGCGCCACGUGGACCCUGAAGCCCUGCAGAAGAUGGUCAGAUGUGCUGUGAAGAACUACAGCUAUAAAAAUUGCAUACCAGGCUACCCCUACUUCCCUGAGAAGUAUUGGCUCUCUCAAGAGGAAGCAGACAAAUGCAACCCAAACUAUCUGUAUGGUGACCGGUACGCCACAUGGAGGAUAGGACGUUACAAUAGCGCCGGCUGGAACAAGUAUACCAACUGCCUGCCCCGGCUGCCUAAGGAGGCUGGAAUGGAGACGGUAGUUCGAGGAACGCCCUUGGAGUACCCUCCUAAACCUGAGCGGCUCAAUGCCUACGAGCGCGAGGUCGUGGUAAACAUGCUGAAUUCGCUGUCGCGGAACCAGCCGCUGCCGCAGAUCGCUCCCCGAUGCGGGUGUGUGGACCCGCUGCCGGGCCGCCUGCCCUUCCAGGGUUACGAAAGCCCUUGCUCGGGCCGCCACUACUGCCUGCGCGGGAUGGACUACUAUGUCACCGGGGCGCCCUGCCUUCAACGCCGCUUGCGGCCAGGGUGCUGUGAGCAGCCGACUGGCUGCAUCUCCCUACGAACACCGAGCCGGAAUGCAAUGUGCUGUUACAACUCCCCCACCGUCGUACUACCCAUAUCCGAACCUUAGAUGGGACACAAGUCACUUCAAGAAGACUGGUGGUCCGUUGAGAAACAACUAUGUUGUCCAUCCUGAGUUUGUGUCUGAGACCUAUCCUGAGUAUGGCCGCUGGUAGAGCCCAGGCUGGCCAGGCCAAGGGGGAUCAGCAAUAAAUAAACUCUUCACCCCCA